ACCACUAGUCCCAACAACUCGCUCUCGCGCUCUCCCUCUCUCCCUCUCUCUCUCUCUUCCUUAUCUGUGGCUCUGUGCUUGUCUCUGCUUGCCUUGUACCGGCCGGUCAUCAAAGAACCGACUAGAUAGCCAGGACGACCAGCCCAACCACCCAGCAGCAUGGCAUGGCAGUGGCAGUGCUUCCUCAGCUUCGCCGUCGUCGCAGUCUCCGCCGCGGCGUCCCUCGGCGCGAUCAUCCGGGCGAACAACAAGCUCCGUCGUCGUCGUCCACCGCGCGAGGACGACGCCGCCUCCGCCGCUGCUCCGCCGCCUCCGUGGAUCAGCUGCUGGAGCCUGGUGCCCCCGUCGUGGCUGCUGGCGUUCCGAGCCACUGCCGCCGUCGCGCUCGCCGCCGUCCUGGCCUGGGACUUGCGGACCUACGACCCCAGCAUCAUGAUGUACUACACCGAGUGGACACUGCUGCUAGAGAUCGCCUAUUUCGCGGUACGUGUCGUCAACGUAACGCGCACGCACAUGCACGUCGGCACGUGUUGUUAGAGAUGGCCGGCCUUUGAAUUGAUCGAUGCUCCGAGUGGGAACGUGUAGGCUGCCACGCUGUGCUCCGCGUACGGAUGCCGGAUGGUGUACUACUACUACCCGUCACGAGACCGUGCGGUGGAUCCCGAUCCCGAGAGCGACGACAAAAGAUUGCUCGGCCAAAGCGGCGGCGGCGACGAGGCGAACCCAAACGGUGAUGAUGCUUGGAAGGGAGCUGGGCGACUGGGACUCCAGCUGAUGCAGAUUGGCUACCAGGUCAGUGCCGGCGCGGUUGUCCUGACGGACGCGGUCUUCUGGGGCCUCAUAGUACCAUUCACGUUGUCAGCUCAUUUCAGUCUCAAUGCAGUGAUGGCCUGCAUACACUCUCUCAACCUUGUCUUCCUACUGAUAGAGACUGCACUAAACAACUUGGACUUCCCUUGGUUCAGAAUGCCAUACUUCGUUCUCUGGACGUGCUUGUACGUGAUCAUACAGUGGAUCGCUCAUGUUUGUGGUAUGACAUGGUGGCCUUACCCUUUCCUCCGUCCUGAAUCAUCCUUGGCACCACUGUGGUAUUUGGCCAUGGCAUUGCUUCAUUUCCCAUGCUACCUCGUUUACUGGCUGAUUGUUAGGGCAAAGAGCGGCUGCUUGAUCCACAUGCAGGUUGCAUACAGGUCCUGACAGCUCUAGCAGAUGUAGAUCCACCAUGGAUACGAGCAAGAAGCAGAGAUCUGAAAAACUGGACCUGGAGGCAACCAUAUACAAGUAGAAUCCUCAUGAGGUCUUUCUUUGUUCAUUGAGGAGUUUAGUUUUAUGUUUGAACAAUUGGAAUCCUCACGAUGCGGCAACACGGAUUCCCAUUUCUGGUAGCAGUAGUGCACAAUGUGCAGACUACCGAGGCAGGUAUAGCGUGACAAUGUGAAGGAUUUAUUUGCGGACGCAGGAUGUAAUGCAAGAUGCAGAUUCAGAUUGGAAUUGACAAGCAUGAGAGUAUGCAUCCCAUUUCCCCCCUUAGUAUCUCCUUUCGGUCUUUAGGCCCAUGUUGUAAUCUCCUGGCCUCUUGGGCCUGGACCAGCCUCUCUAACUUUUCUUAUUUUGCUAUGGAAAAAAAAACUUUUAUAUC